UGGGCACUCUGACCAAAACUGUGAUGUACUGUGUGUUCUAAUACCAUUCUACCCUGGCCAGCAUUAGAUUUUUCAGCAAUUUGAGCUACAGUAGCUCUUCUGUGUGAUCAGACCAGGCAGGCUAGCCAUCGCUUCCCAAGUGCAUCAAUGAGCCUUAGGUGCCCAUGACCCUGAUGCCAGUUGACCAGUUGUUCUUCCUUGUAUCACUUUUGGUAGGUACUAACCACUGCAUACCGGCAACACCCACAAGACAUUACGUUUUGGAGAUGCUCUGACCCAGUUAUCUAGCCAUCACUAUUUGCCCUCAUCAAAGUCACACAGAUCUUUUCGCUUGCCCAUUUUAUCUGCUUCUAACACAUGAAAAUCUGACUAUGCACUUGCUGCCUAAUAUAUCCCACCCCUUGAUAAGUGCCAUGGUAACAAUAUAAUCAAUGUUAUUCACUUCACCUGUCAAUGAUUUUUAUGUUGUGGCUGAUCACUUUAUAUAUUCUUCAGCUUGAUUCUUUAGAAAAUAAGUUAAAUAAAAAAGCAAAACAUUAUUUAUAUAUCCUUUUGAAAUUAUGUUUUUGAAUAUAUUUUUAAUAUGAUUUAAUAAAAACAAUGUGAUAUAGUGAUAAUUCUUUUAUAUACAAUGUAUAUUUUGAUAUUUUAAUAUUUUGAUUUUUUUUUAAAUUUAUUCAGUUGAGGACAGUCAGGUAAAAUAUUAAUUAUUUGCUCAUUUGUACAUCUUUUAGAUUUUAUAGUGUGUUAAAUGUUUUGUAAAAAUAUAUUUUUAUAGUUUAUGGUUUCAUUUGAGGAGAAUAAUAUAUUUAUAUAUAAUGAAUGUUACAGGGUUAGUGUGUGUAGGGUAAAGGAUUUAGUGAUUAUGGACUUUUAGAUUAAAAUAGCCACUUGGCCUAAAAUAUUAUUAUAUUCAGAUUUAAUUCACGUUUAAUUCCCAACAGAUCAUACUUAUGUAAAUAACCUUGUUCAUGUGUUCACCCUGUUUAAAAAUAUAUAACUGGAGCACAAAAUAAACUAUCAGUAUCUAUUGUGUAAUCUUCACUAAAGUUUUAGCAAUAAAGCUAAACUGUUUUUUUAUGUUCGUAACAGUUUGUCCUUCCUUUAUUGACCACAUGAUGUCACCAUAGUCCUAAACAGGAAUUGUUUUUGAAAAGGGGCAAAAAAUUUGAAUUUCAUGUGUUUUAAAACACUGGAGAACACCAAACUUUGACCCUACAGCUUUUGGGGCCUUCACACCCACCAUGCUCAGCUGAACAUGAUAGGAGCCGUACUCCCCUGUAGCUGAAUUGCAUUGUAUUCACCUGCAGAAUGUUCUAUAUGUGUUAUGUUUUUUUCUGAUCCUCCAGGAAGCAGAGGAAGAAUAUUAUACCCCAGAUCCCUCUCCUAGUACCAGUAGCCUGGGUAAGUUGAAACACAGAGGGCCUGCAAUAUAUUGAAAUGCAGAAGGAUUGUAACAUAAUUCUGUUAAUCUUUACAUACAUCUCCGGCUCUAUUUCAGUGGAGUGUGUUGCCUUUAGCGAGACCAAACCCAUGUGCAUGGGUCAUAAUUGUCCGAUCUCAUAAAAGGAGUCACAACCACGAGAUCCCUAUACAAUGGACACUAGUUGGCACAAAACAAAGAUUGUAAACAUUCGUAAUGAGCAGAAGGUGAUGCUCAAAGUAUUUAUAUUUGUGCAGAGAAAAAUGAAUACGCUUUCUGCCUUUUAUGUUCUGUUUUAUAAAAAGCUCACUUAACAAAAAAACAAACAAACAAAAGUUGUUCUGAGCAAGUUAAACCGCCGCCUCCCCCACUCUCUUGAGAAUUGCACAGGGUAACUUCUGCUCACCUGUUCCAACUUCACAUAGUAGAAAGGAGGAAACCUAUAUGCAAUUUUCAAGAGCAUUGUUUGUCAUGAACAGAAGGUUUCUUUUGUUGUUAACCAAAAAUAGAGGAUUUUUUUUUUUUUUUUAAUGUGGAAAAGUUUGCCACCCUCAUUAUCUGGCUCUGUAUCAAGGAGGUGAAGCUGUUAGCUGACACAGCCUGUCGUCCUCCUGCUGAGAUUUUGGAAAACGAUUUCUUUAAACUCUUUUUUUUAUUUAAGAAAUGUACAUACAAAGGCCUUGAUGUAAGCAUACAAGAACAGUCUGUGGCAAUAUAAUUGAUAAUGAUGUGAAAAAAGCAAAUUAAGUUAAGUUGGGUAAAUCACACAGUCCCGUGGACAGAAGACCCAUGUGGAGGACAUUGCAAAGAACAAAGAUCUGUAUGAUUCAUUAGGCAUAGAUAUUAUCCUAGUUUGAUGGCUGUAGCUACAUAUGCUCAUUCUAGAGGUUUCAGUGGUUGCAAAAUGAUGUAUCCCAUGAAGUCAUGCAACAAAGCUUACUAUACAAUCACAAAAAAAAACAAAAAACAAUCGUUACCCAUCCUGAGUUGACAAUUAGGUUUAUGCCCAAUACAUUUUGUUGUUUUGAUAUUCUUACAUACUUUUUGUAAUUCUUUAGGCACUGGGAGCUGGGUUGAUGAGGAUCCUGCAGCAUCAAAUUUUACAGAUAAUGAAAUACAGGUAUAGGUUUCUCCAUUUCUGAUGUUCCUAUAGGCUAUUUUUCCAAGUAUUUGUGUGUAACGGUUUCUCUUUAAAUGUUGCUAUAGAUUGCCGAAGACAGUCUGAAAACCCUGGUUGGUUCACUUCCUGAAUCUACGAACACAAGAAGAGUAUUUUUGGAUGCCAACACGAAGGAGGGGUAUUGCCCCAUGAUGCCACAUUCCAUGUACUGUCUACCUCUAUGGCCUGGAAUAUGCCUUAUUCUAUUGACAAAGGUACCUACCUAAUCAAAACGCAUUCUGUACAGUAGACAAAGAAGUUCUUUAUAUUAAACACACAAUCUUGUGUUACAUGAAAAAUCAACUGUAGCAAAGGACACAAUGGACAUUUGUUCUAUCAAUGAAUUCUUGACUGGCAUAGAAACACUAUUUGACUGUGCAGAUGCUCAAAGCUUUAUCAGUAACAUUAUUAUUUUAUUCCCUCUGUAGAAAUAAAACAUAUAUAUUUUAUAUAUAAUUGAAAGGGUUUUUUAGUUUGUGUAUAUUAAAGUUCACUUCAAAGAAAAUUGAACCUUCAAAAGCUACAUUUUCCUUGUUAUCCAAAGAGAUCCCAUAUUUUUUGUUAUUUUAUUUUAAUGGACUUUUUUUUUUCUUGGUGUCAGUUGCCUGGCAGCCAUAUAGCUCUUUCGCUUUACCAGCUCUUAGAUGGGUAUAGCAUGAUUGAGAAGAAACUGUUGGAGGGCCAGGAUGUUCAUCAAGUUCUGCGAUCUCAUCCAUUCAUGGCAGACCUUAAACAGAGGACAGAAAGGUUUGUGAAGUCCCUUGGUGGUCGUGAGAUACAGGUGUGUAGUCUAUCUUUGCCCUAAACAAUGCUUACUUACUUCAUUGAAUAAAAACAUGUAAAUCGCCAAUAUUAUGUGCUAACUUUUUUCAUGUUAUGCUCGAUUUUUUUUUUGAUUUUUUUUUUAAAAUUAUUAUUAUUAUUAUUAUUAUUAUUAUUAUUAUUAUAGACUUAACACAUGACUAGUCAAGUUUAGUCUAGGCACAGCCAAUGCAAAUAAUGAUUAGAACAGAAAAAUUGUUCAGAACUAAAAAAAAUAAAUAAAAUGACCCCCUUUUCAAAACACUCUAUUUACCAUACUAUAUAUAUAGUUCUAUUAAUAUGUUAGAACUGCAGCUAUAAGCCCACCCACUCAUUUGUAAAUGAUCAGGGGGCUAUAAUGUUUCAAAAUCUCUCAAGAUGAAAUGAGCCUGUCUGUUAAGUAUGUGUAUGUGUUCUAUAAUAUUAUUUGUUUAUAAAAUAUUUUGCCAGGAAGGAUACAUUGAGAUUUCUCUCAUCUUAAAGUAUGUCCUGGGCCAACAUACAUGGCAUUGUUACAAUAGAACAUAUUCGUGGUAAAAAUACAAAGUAAUAUUCAAAUACAGAGUAUAAUAUUAAAAAUACAAAGUAAUCUUAAAAUAUACAUAUAAUUUAAAGGAACACUAUAAGGUCAGGAACACACACCUGUAGUGUUAAAACCACCAUCCAGCCGCCUCUAGACUUGACAUUCACAGAUAAUCCAAUGCUUUCCUAUCCUUUAAUAAAAUAUGAAAUAAAAUAUCAGAUACCCAUCAUAUCCUGCAUGCCAUAAUAUUUAUAUUGAAUUUGGCUUCAAAGGUUUAAGUGCAUUAAUGUCUGCUUUCUUUUGAAACAUAUUUUCACAUUUAUAGUUUGUAAUUUUUUUUUUUUAAUAUUUUUUAAAAUAACAAAUUUAUUUUCUUUCUGUUAAGUUACAAAACACCUGGCUUGAGUUUAAGGCUAAAGCUUUCUCCAGAAGUGAGACUGGGACUACAGCCGAGUAAGUCUGACCUAUUUAUCUCUGACAAAAUUAUUGUCCAGAACAAGGGAAAACGUGUGGUCUUUGUUGCAUUAAUUUACAUGACGUAAAUAGAUUUCAUAUAUGUAAUGUAUUUUCUCACUACAUUUUUCAAUCCUGUUUACUUAUAUUCUACUUUUUGUAAUUUUCAGUAGAGUACUUUUCUUUGUGUCUGUUAGGUUCUGAAAACUUCUGUUUGUUUAAUUGUUUUUGCCAGAGAAUUCAACUGCAAUGCUUAUCAUAUUCCUUCUAAUAUAGUUUUGUAGUAUUUUAUGUGUAAUUCACACAAUUAUUCUUCCUUCCAUUUGCACUAAAUGACUUUACUAUUGGGUAUGAUCUCGUGGAAAUUCAUAAUUGCAAUUUCUCAGUUGUUAAUAGAUAUCUGUUGUUUCAAGACACUGGAUGUCCUCCUGCAGAGCGUGACGACAUUCUGCAUUGUUUCAUGGAGUUAAUCUUUAUGAGACUGCUGGACGCUCUUCUAGACAGCCAGUAGAGGCACUCUUAACCCUGCAGUGUAAACAUUGCUGUAUCUCUAAACCUCAAUGUUUUACAUUGCAGGGUUAAGGUGACAGGAACACAGCACUCGGACUUCUUAAUUGAGAUGGAGUGCUUGGUCUGGGUGCUUGUAGUGUCCCUUUAACCUUGAGUUUUGGAUCUCUGGAUAUAAUUUUAUGGUACAUUGUACCAAUAAAGUUUAUUUUACCCUCUCUGCAAUUGUCACGGGUGGCAGUCCGGAGACCGGGACCCCUGUAUGCCUGAAGAUGGUAGGAGUUAGUGUGGAAAUGAACAAUCGUGGUCUUGUGCAGGGUAAUCACAUGCCCCCUGGUGUUGAGCACAAGGGUUUGUGCGGCCAUAUAUCAGGGACCUGAAGCAGCUACUGCGGAUCCCAGGAGCUUGACAUUAUGCAGAUGUGUAUCCAAUACUAGAAAUAAGGCAAUACUAGAAUAGGCACCUAACAAGACAAGACUAGAGGAACCCAGAACCGGAGAAGGACAGAAAGCAGAACAAGUACACAAGACAUGAGGGAAACAAGAACAGGGCAGGACAGGACGGUACAUGAACUGAGAAUACUAGACAAAAUUAAAACAAGACAAGAUAAACUAGGCAAAACAAGAGGAGAAGUAACCAAGUACUAAAUAUGUAAUAAACAUUGGAGAUUUAGACAUACAUAAAUGGCCAAGAUGUAUACAGCCCACCACUGCACCAAACUACUCCAAUUACGGUGGGUCCUAACUGCCUAGAUAUGCAUGACUAAAUAAACAACAAUAAAACACACACAGUACUUACCUGCAAAGAAAAGAGCAGAGGAAAUGAGACCACUGCUUGCAGGAGCCUACUGAAACAAAAAGUAUUAAUGGCAAAGGAAUGGGUGUGGCAACAAUAAAACAAACAUUUAAAGGAAUCCAAAAGACUGGGAAUUCCAGGAACGGAAUAAAGGAAUGAACCCAGAAAACCCAGCAUAAAGAAAACCAGGCGUAGAAUAGAUAACCAGAAAAACGUAAAAAGAAUUGUAAAAAGAGUACUGGAUACCAGAAGCCGUGGCCAGAAAUGACCCGCAAACAGGAACAGGAUGUGACAUCAAUGCCUGAUACAGUGUGGUACUAAAGCUUUCUAGAUAGUUAAGGACACCAGGUUUCAUGUCUUGUACUAUAAAUGCGCAAUGUAUGUUACAAUUACAAUUUCAGUUACAAUUUUUUUUUCUCCUAAUUUCUACGUCUCAUCUCCAGGCUGCUCCAGGUUUGUGGAAAUAUGAAACGACAGCUGUGCUCAGUAUAUCGACAGUUAUUUCUGGCCUCUCCAAUAAGCGGGACACAUUCCCUUACUCCGAAUCUGCAGACUCGAGCCAGAAAGCGUAUUCAGUAAGUGCGUUGUCCUGUCAUAGGUUCUCACAAUCAGUGAAAGGCAAUCACUGGCACAAGUCUUGCCUGGACUAUUCCAGGACAUGUUGGGUACAGUUAAUAUUUUAUGUUUAUCAUAUUACAAUAUUGCUCUCCUCUGCUGCAGAAUGUAAUUCUUACACUUGACUAUGACAUAUAAAUCAGCCCUUUGUUACUACAGUAAUACAGUUGACCCAUUCAUUACAAGGAAGAACGAGACUUUCAAUGCUUGCUCUUCGUUUUCUUUAGGUUUGUUGAUGCUGAUAUUACCAGUCCAACCCAAACAGUCCAAUCAGAUUCCUCAAUAUGUUCAGAUUAGUAUUGACAUGCCCAUUUUUAUUUAUUCGGCAUACUAUUUCUCCCACGGUUAGAGGACACUCCUCAUUGCAGCUUAAUGUUCUAAGUUUGGUAGUCUUCCUGGAGGCACAAACCUUUCAUCAGUGAUCACCAUUCGGUGGCAUUUUGCAGAUUGUUUGUUUUUUUCAAAACUCUUAGAGAAACUUUCAAAAUUAAACUUUUUAUAAGAAAGUCCAUUAUGCUAAGUGCUUCCACUAACACCUAGCUUCCUCUGUGUGUGUUUUUGUCUUCUAGUUCCAGGUUAACACUUGCCUGUUUGAGGCUUCAGAUAUAACUCUCUGCUAGAAAACCUCUUCUCAAUCUUGUAUAGGCACAAGUAGGCCCUUUUCACCCCUGACCGUUUUUAUGAAGAUCUUCCACCAUCAGUGCGAGCGUUUUGAGGUCCAUUUCUUGUAUGAAACCAUGUAUGCACUUUUUUUUGAACAAGAAAAUGUGCAAGAAGUCAUUGUAAUGUUAUUAAAACAAGGCAUUAUCUCUUUGCAAAAUUGUAUUGACCUCCUUAGGAAAAGGAGUGACAGACAAAAAGGGGCACAAAUAUAAUAUAAUCAGAGUCUCACACAUGCAUUGGUAAGUGGUUAAUUUAUUAUAACGCUCACUAAAAUAAAGCCCAAAUCUAUGACAUUUAAAGAAGAAAAAUUGUAGCAUUAUACAAUAUUAACACAAUAAUAGCAUUCGCAUCUGAUGCAUUAUGAAAUAACAACUAUAUGCAUGAUGUGUGUUAUGGGGAUUUGUAAUAAGCCAUAAUAAUUAUGCAGAUAUUGGUACAAUAGCAUGCGCAUCUCUUAUCCCUAAAAGCAGCGUUACGACAAUUCACGGGGAACCUUUCACUAGAUCAGUUGUAUCAUUUUCUGUUUGUCAAUACAACUGGGAAUUAGAACAAACAUUAGAAACAAUAAGUACUUGAAAUACCAGAUUUUCUGAAGAGGAACUGGCACUGUUAAUGUAACAAAAAAACAAACCCUGUUAUCCAGAAGAUAAAAUGCGACUUCUUUGCUGCUGAUAACUUGGUUAAAUGGAUGGCUGUGAGAUUUUACAAAAAUCACAAGAAGAGGCUCUGCAGAUAAGUGGAUUUAUUUGUUGUCGUUUUUACAGGGAGAAAUUGAUGGACUGGAAGGAGUUCUUGCUGGUGAAGAGUAAAAGAAAUAUCACCAUGGUCACAUAUCCUUUUUACUCCUGAUCCGUUUCAUUUUGUUUUAGUUUAAUAUACCAGUAUUGAUUAUCG